GUCAUGUUUUCGAUUGCUAUAAUAAUUCUCGGAUUGGGAUUGUCAACUACCUGUCAUCGUCGUAAAGAUUCUGAAGUUAGUAAUUUCAAGAGGAAAAUAACAUGUCAAACCAAUGCAAAGUUUCAGGUUGACUGCACAGGGAAGAAUUUAUCCUAUAUUCCCAUGUUUCCCAAUUCCACCAAAACACUCAUUUUAGCGAGAAACAAAAUAAAAUAUAUACCGGAAGGAAUAUUCUCUGCCCACACUGCUCUUGAAGAUUUGGAUGUAUCACAUAACAUUCUUGUUACACUGAUGCCAGAUUCGUUUAAAGGAUUGAAGAACUUGUUGGGUCUGAACUUACAAGGCAAUACACUAGGGAAAAAUAAAACAGAAUUGCCGAAAACAUGUUUUAAAUAUUUAACGAAACUGCGACAACUAAACCUUAAGGAUAAUCAAAUAACUGUGUUUCCAGAUUUAUCUUUUUUACUUAGUCUUGAAACUUUGAAUGCAACUUUUACAAAUAGAAUGACAUUCGGCCAUCAGUUAAAAGGACUUGGAUUUCUUAACCAUUUCGAUUUAUCGUCUUCAUCAUGUAAGCCUAAACAAUUGGAUAGUAAUACAUUUCAAGGAAUCUCAACUUUACGUUAUUUAGAUGUAUCUAACAACAGCUUAAACAGCAUAUGGAAAGGUACAUUCGGACAUAUGCAGUACCUAUACUUUUUAGACAUAUCAAAUAACCCUAAUCUGGGAUUACGCGGACUAAGAAAUGUCACCAAUGAUUUAGCACAUACAUCAAUCGAAAUUUUCAAAUUUCAAAAGUUGGUUCCGACAUUUUCAAUGAAUCAGAUGCUGUUGAAGGAACAUUUAGCACCAUUGAACGUGACUAAACUAAGAGAGAUUUAUGUUGAUAGCAAUCGUAUUCAGCAAAUAGAACUAGGUGCAAUAAGUAAUUUACCGAAAACAAUAGAUAAAAUUUCUAUUGGUGACAAUCAGCUUUCAUACGGGCUUUAUUUAUUCGAGUUUCUACAUUUAUCAGCUAAAAUUGUAAAUGUUUCAUUUCUGGGCACGUCACAUCUACCAAUUAAUGAAGGUUUGUGUGUAUCAAUUUUGAGUGAGAAGGAUUUCGAACAAACUGUGUAUGAGUAUACUUUUGAUUCAGGUACACAACAUUUAUCAACAGUGUCUAGUCAAAUCAUGGUAUUUGAUGCUGGUUUAAAACUGGAUAUCUGGAGCAAAAUUAAUCUUCCUAAAAAUCUUACUGUAUUGUAUUACGUGGGUAGUAAAACACAAUUUGAGGUUCCAAGGCUACAAUUUAGUGACAAUGUACUAGAAAAGGUCGAUUUUUCCUUCAACAUAUUCUACUCAUGGAAAGGUCCUAUAGUCAAUAUGCCCCAUUUACAUGAGCUUGAUUUAUCAAACAAUUUCUGUUCAAACAUUUCUAAUGUAUUUUUUAACGGCACUCCAAAUAUCCAAAAACUUCUGCUUCAGAAUAAUUUGUUAGGCUUUAUUCUACCAAAGGACCAAAAAGGAGAAAUAUUUAAGCCUCUGGUGAAAUUAGAAAUCAUUGACCUGUCAGACAACAGAAUUCCAAAAUUGCCUUAUUCAAUUUUUGAGUCGCAUCAAUCUAUAAAAGAAAUAAAUUUAAGGAGGAAUGUGUUAGAAAAAAUGGAAUUUAAAAUUGAUCACAUGAGAAAUCUUACUUUUCUGGAUCUGUCAAGUAAUAUGAUACGAUAUCUGGAUAGUGAUGAAACAGAAAAUCUUGAGACAGUUGCAAAAUACAGUACCAAUCUUACAGUAGACUUGAGUGAGAAUCCAAUCCAAUGUAUAUGUAACAACAUUAACUUUAUAAGGUGGAUGGCGGCAACAGAGAUUCGUUUCAAAGGGUUAAAAUCUUAUUCCUGUCAGCUGUCAAAUCUUACCAAAAUUUCUCUGGCACAUCCGAAAGACCUUGAACAAAUACUCGUAAAAGAAUGUUCAUCGUAUCUUGGUUUGAUAUUGGGUAUUUGUCUAGCGUUGGUUCUUUCCGUUGUUAUAGUAACCACUGGCAUUGUAUAUAGAUAUCGAUGGAAGCUUAGAUAUCUUUACUUCAUGGCAAAACUAAAAUAUAAAAGAGCUUCGAGCAUAUUCAAAAACGAUCUUUCCUACGAUUUUGAUGCAUUUAUAUCAUAUGCUGACGAAGACCAGACUUUUGUUCAUGACAAAUUUAUCAACCAUGUCGAAGGAAAAGGAGAACUGCGGAUUUGUCUUCAUAAACGCGAUUUUUUUGUUGGGAAUGAAAUCGCUGCCAACAUUACCGAUGCCAUACACAGAAGUCGUAAGACAGUUUGCAUCAUCAGCCGCCCUUUCUUAAACUCGUACUGGUGCAUGUUUGAAUUCAACAUGGCACGGAUGGAGAGUAUCUACUCACGGGAUGGAGAAAAUAUUGUAUAUUUAAUCUUUCUUGAACAAAUUCCAACCAAUACUUUACCUCUGGUUUUACUAGAACUCGUACAAUCACAAUCGUACAUAGAGUUUCUGAAUGAUGAAUAUGGCGAUACCGUUUUCUGGGAUAAUUUGAAACAAGUUUUGUCUGAUUGAAAAUAUUUCAUACUGUGGAUUCAUUCAUUUUCGUUGGUACCAAUUUUCCUGGAUUGAGGAACAUUUUCAUUUUUGUAUAUAUUGGAUUUCGUAGUUUUGCCAAAACAUGCAUAUAUUUCUGUUUGGCAUUUGUUAUUCGUUUGACAUUGAUAUUCGUGGUUCCCUGUUAACCACGAAAUCCACAAAAAUAUUAUUCAACAAAUAAUAAUGAAUCUACAGUAUAAAGAUAUUGGUUCUACACUCCUUUUUCCCGAUUUUGGUCGAUUUUUAUCAUUUCUGAAAAAGAUAAAAUUGAGAUAGGAAAUGGGGAAUGUGUCAAAGCAACAACCCGACCAUAGAACAGAGAGAAGAGGCUUCCUCCUUACAAAAUUAAAUAGUGUUAAUAUAGUUAUCAUACAUACACUCUAUAUGUGACAUAAGGAUAUGCAGGAAUAUGACAGCUGUUUUUGAUUCCAUUGAUGUGUUUGAACUUUUGAUUUUUUCCAUUUGAUAUAGUACUUUCUAUUUUUU